AUGCCGUCUUCACCAAGACCGUCGAGCCAUCCCAGACUGCUUGAACAGCACAACUCCAGUGUCACAACUAGCAAGGUGGUUCGCAAGGUGUGCGAGGAGCUGCAUCCUCGAUUCUGGUACUGCGGUACUGUUAUUGUCGGCUCGGCUGAUGUUGCGUCUGCUGUCACUUGUCACCGAUGUCUAACUCCCUCUCUCUCUCUCUCUCUCUGA